AUGGCUCCGUUCUCACGCGUCUGGCUGGGCGCGUCCUUGGGCGCGUCCUCUGGGCCACUGGAAUGGGUGGAUGUCGACCUGGGGGAGCCCAUGGUCGGCCGUGCCCACCACCUGCGCAGCGCCAUGCGGUCAGCUUGGAAGGAGGUGGUGGACGAGAUGUUGGACGCUGACGCUGAGACCUCGGAUGAAAUCGUCUUGACGGUGCGGCGGCAGUGGGCCAAGCAACCGCAGAUGCCCGGAGAUGCUCCGGUGGGAAUUUUCGACAGUGGCGUGGGUGGCCUCACGGUCUACCGUCGCUUGCGUGAGCGUUGGCCCAUGGCAGAUGUUACAUACCUGGCAGAUGACCAGUGA